AUGGAUGCAGAGGAUGCUCGGAAAAGGCAAUCAAGAGUGGUUAAGCAUCUCCCUAGAAUUUCUUCGGACCACUGUCCAAUUCUUCUACAGAUUGACAACAAGAAGCAGCAUAACAAUAGAGAUUUCAGAUUUGAGAACAUGUGGUGUUCUUAUGAGGCAGCAAAAGGCAUCAUAGCAAAAUCUUGGAGGAAAAAUGAUUUUGUUAAUUCUAAUGAUAUUCUUGAAAGAAAAAUUAAGAGGUCUCUCAAAAACCUUUACUUUUGGAGCAAAAAGAAAUUGAAAGAACUAAAUUUGAAGAUACAAGAGUUGAAAAAUGAGAUUCUGCAGUUACAAGACAAAGAAGCAAAAGAUGGAGGCAUGAGCCACGAGAACCUUAUUAUUCUUCGUAGUAAGAAAGACAGUUUAAAUAUUUUGAAAGCUCAUUAUACCAAAGAAGAGCUGAUAUUGACGCUGGGGAAAAUGGACAACAAAAAAUCUCCUGAAGCUGAUGGUGCCAACGCAUGCUUUUUUAAAAAUUACUGGAAUAUUAUUGAAGAAGCAACUUGGAAUGCAAUUGAUGAAUUUUUCAAAUCAGGAAGGAUGCCCGAGCAAUGGAAGGACACGGUGGCUGUGUUGAUUCCAAAAGUUCAAAAUGCUAAGGGAUGCUCCAAAUUUAGACCAAUUUGCCUCUGCCAAAUGGUCUACAAGCUAGCUGCAGGCAUGAUUCUUAAAAGAUUCAAAAGUUGCCUCCCACAAGUAAUAUCUGACUAUCAAGGGGCAUUUGUUCCUGGAAGAAGCAUUUCAGAUAACUGCCUUAUUUCUUAG